AGACAACCUCCACACACACACACACACACACACACACACACACACACACACACACACACACACACGUGCUAUAAGAGGAAGAGAGAAACAGGAUGUAUUCAGUAAAACUCCUGGUAGAGAAGAGAAGGUGGACACAGUGCUGAUGGAGUUCUUCAGGUCUUCAGGAGUCAUGAGGUUUGUUCUAGUCUGUGCUCUUGCUUUUCACUUGGUGCCACUGAGAUGUUCAGCAGAUCCACCUCCAGUGUGUCAGUCUUACUCUACAUGCUCGGAGUGUUUAAGGAGUCCAGGAUGUGCGUGGUGCAAGCAGCAGGAUUUUCUGAAAUAUGGAGAGUCUGAUGAACGUAGAUGUGACUCCAUGGACGUCCUGAGAAAAAGGAACUGUACUACCAACAAUGUGAUCAAUCCCGAACCUGACAUCGUGAAAAUGAAGAACAACGACCUGAGCAGUUCCUCCAAUAAUGUAGUGCAGCUCAAACCUCAGAGUCUGAAGGUCCAACUCCGAAUCGGUGUGCCACAGGAAUUCACUGUGGAGUUUAAGAGGGCUGAGGGAUACCCCAUAGACCUGUACUAUCUGAUGGAUCUGAGCUACUCCAUGAAGGACGAUCUGGAGAAGAUUAAGAACCUUGGACAGGACAUUCUGAAAAAAUUGCAAGAAGAAACAAAGAGUGUCCACAUCGGUUUCGGCUCGUUUGUUGACAAGGAGACACUGCCGUACGUUAGCCAGACCAAGGCCAGGAGACAAAACCCCUGUCCCACUCGCUCCGACAUCUGCCAACCCGCCUUCACUUUCCACAAUGUUCUGCCCCUCACCUCUGAUGCCAACGAGUUCAAGAGAGAAGUCAGUAAGCAGAAAAUCUCUGGGAACCUGGACUCACCUGAAGCUGGGUUAGAUGCUAUCAUGCAGGCAGCUGUGUGCAAGAACAUCAACUGGAGAGACGUGACUCGGAUUCUGGUCUACACCUCCGAUGAUACGUUUCACAUGGCUGGAGACGGACGACUCGCUGGAAUAUUUACACCACACGAUGGGAAGUGUCACCUAAAACCUGAUGGUUUAUACGAUGGCACGUUGCUUGAUUAUCCAUCAGUAGGCCAUCUCUCUCAAGUUCUUCAGGCUAAUAACAUUCAGCUCAUAUUUGCAGUCACAAACAACAGUUACCCAGAGUAUAAGGCCCUGAGUGCGUUAAUUCCUCAGUCAGUGGUUGGUGUGUUGAAUAAUGACUCCAGUAAUGUGGUGCAGCUGAUCUCCGAGGCAUACGGGAACUUGUCCUCCACUCUGCUGUUGGAGCACAACAUCACUGUGCCUGGUCUCCAUGUGUCCUAUAAAUCUGACUGUAAAGGUCAGAGCAGUAAUGCAUGGCAGCACAGAGGAGAGUGUUCCGGCAUCCAAAAGGAGAAGGUUUUGUUCACUGUACGUCUGAACGCAUCAGAAUGUCUGGCUGCUCCUACAACAUUUGAAAUCCAAAUGAUGGGCAUUAAUGAGGUUCUGAAAGUUACUGUGGAAACAAUGUGUGACUGUGACUGUGGUGCUAAAGAGGAGAACUCCAAACACUGUGCAGGAAAUGGAACACUCGACUGCGGAAUCUGCAGGUGCAAUAAAGAUUACGUAGGGCAGUAUUGUAAGUGUAACAGUAUGAGUGACAGCACCAUGCGCAUGUCGUGUCGCCAGAACAACAGCUUUCAGGAGUGCAGCGGAAAAGGUGUGUGUGAGUGCGGGCGGUGUGUGUGCAGUGGGCGUUUCAGUGGGCAGCACUGCGAGUGUGACAAUGCCAACUGUGCCCGCCACCUCAGCAAGCUCUGCAACGAUAACGGUGUGUGUAAGUGCGGUGUGUGUGAGUGUAAUGAGAAAUACAGCGGCUCGGCGUGCGAGUGUCCCAAGGACACGAGCAUGUGCGGUCAGAAACAGAACUUGUGUAGCGGUCAGGGCAGGUGUGUGUGUAACCGCUGUGAGUGUAACUCCGGCUUUACGGGACCAAACUGCUCUCAGAUCAACACCCCGUGUUCACUAUACCAACCCUGUAUGGAGUGUACUUUGAUGAAGGAGCAGUGUCUGGAUGCGUGUGUGUCAGUUCGCAUGUCUCGUGUGGAAUUCUCUCACACGCUGAAGUGUGUUCACCUAAACUCCACCUACGACGUGAGUCUGGAUAAUGAUGGCAAUGUGGUAAUCACCUACGCUUAUCUACCAGGUUCUGUGGAUAAAACCAAAGUGAUCAUUGGCGCCAGCGUUUCCAGCAUCAUCUUCAUCGGCAUCCUCAUUAUCAUCAUCUACAAAAUCCUGCUGGUGCUGUAUGAUCAGCGGGAAUACCGCAACUUCAUCAAAGCUCAGGAGAACACCAAAUGGGAUGAGGUGUGUCUAACACACAUCACACACACACACACACACACACACACACACACACACACACACACACACACACACACACAUGCACACACACUUUUUGCUAGUUGAAUCACCUUGGAACUGCUUAAAUCAUCAGUCCAUGUUUCACACCUGCUUUUAUUUCAGACAAUUACUCCAGACACUACUGUGUGUGUGUGUGUGUGUGUGUGUGUGUGUGUGUGUGUGUGUGUGUGUGUGUG